CUUAAGUUCUCUUUUCUGCAGAAAAUCGAUCAGUUGACAGAUUAUGUAAAAUGUCAGGAGAUCAGAGAACUCAUUGAGAUGAAAAACAAAACAUAAUGAAAAUAUGGAGAGAAGGUUACCUGUUCAGCUUAUGCAGUAGACUCCUGCCGAAACGAUAAUUACUCCCAGUGAGGUCUAAAGCACUGUUCAGGGGGUGCUGUGAACUUAUCAUUAAACCCGGCUGUAACCUCACUGAACGUUUACCUUUGUGUCUCACAACACAAGGGGGCAGUCACAGCCUGCCCUCUAAAGACAACUCUUCCUCCACACAAAACUACAAGCACCUAAUAACACACACACCCUUCACUCAAAAAUUUCAAAAUCAUCAUGGCGACUCCUACACCAGCCUCGGAGUCUCCAUCUGGGAAGGGGACCAUAAAUGUCCCCAGGUCGUACUGCCUUUCUGUCGACGACCCUAAGUGUCUUGACACCCCUCUCAACUUUUUCUUCAUUAACUUCUGCAACAUUCGCAGUCUAAGAUCUAAUUUUCAAUCUGUAGAACACCACCUCUCCUCUUCUAAACCUCAUCUUCUUUUCCUCACUGAAACUCAGGUGUCUGAGGCAACUGACAGUAGCCCCUUUUCUGUUCCCUCCUACUUUCUCUAUCCUCAUUUUCGAUCCAAAGCUGGAUGCUGCGUUUAUGUGCGCAAUGACUUAACCUGCUCUCGUGCCCACGCUCUUGAAUCUUCCGAGUUUUCCACCAUCUGGCUACGACUACAGAGUCAUUCUCAUACUAAAUUUAUCUGUGCUGUAUACCUCUCUCCUAACUCCUCUGACUAUAAGAAAUUCUUUGACUACUUAACUUCCAAAGUGGAGCACAUUCUGACCCUCUUCCCUUUUGCAGAGAUCUCCAUUCUUGGAGACUUCAAUGUUCACCACCAGCUUUGGCUUUCCUCUCCCUUCACUGACCAUCCUGGUGAACUAGCCUUCAACUUUGCUAUCCUCCAAGACCUAGAGCAAUUGGUGCAACACCCUACUCAUAUUCCUGACCAUCUUAGAGAUAUGCCCAACAUUCUUGACCUUUUCCUGACCUCUAAUCUUUCUGCUUAUGUUGUCAACCUUUCUUCUCCGUUGGACUCUUCCGAUCACAAUCUCACAUCUGUAUCUUGUCCUAUUGCUCCAAUCCCUCCUCAGGAUCCCCCUAAGCGAAGGUGCCUCUGGCGUUUUGCCUCUGCUAGUUGGGGGGACCUGAGGAGGUAUUUUGCUGAUUUUCCUUGGAAUGACUACUGCUUCUGUGUCAGAGACACGUCUUCGUGUGCUGAGUGCAUAACAGAGGUGAUAGUGUCUGGCAUGGAGGCGUACAUUCCUCACUCUUUUUCUCAACCUAAACCUUCCAAACCUUGGUUUAACACAGCUUGUUCUUGUGCCAUACAUGAUAGAGAGGUGGCCCACAAAAGGUACUUAAGCCUUCCAUCACCAGAAUCUCAUGCACUUUAUAUUUCUGCCCAGAACCAUGCCAAGUCUGUUCUCCAACUAGCCAAAAACUCCUUCAUUAACAGAAAGUGUCAAAACCUUUCAAGAUCUAACUCCCCUCGUGACUUCUGGCAUCUAGCCAAAAAUAUUUCCAAUAACUUUGCUUCUUCUUCUUUCCCUCCUUUAUUUCAACCAGAUGGCACCACUGCUAUCACAUCUAUUUCUAAAGCUGAACUCUUCGCUCAAACCUGUACUAAAAACUCUACCUUGAACGAUUCCGGGCUUGUUCCUCCCUCUCCUCCACCCUCUGACUACUUCAUGCUACCUAUUAAAAUUCUUCACAAUGAUGUUUUCCAUGCCCUUGCUGGCCUAAACCCUCAGAAGGCUUAUGGACCUGAUGGGGUCCCUCCUAUUGUUCUCCAAAACUGUACCUCUGUGCUUGCACCUUGCCUAGUCAAAUUCUUUCAGCUCUGUCUGUCAAAACCUACCUUUCCUUCAUGUUGGAAGUUUGUCUACAUUCAGCCUGUUCCUAAAAAGGGUGACCGUUCUAAUCCCUCAAACUACUGUUCUAUUGCUUUAAUUUCCUGCCUAUCGAAAGUUUUUGAAUUUAUCCUCAACAGGAAGAUUCUUAAACAUCUAUCACUUCACAACCUUCUAUCUGAUCGCCAGUAUGAGUUCCGUCAAGGCCGCUCUACUGGUGAUCUUCUGGCUUUCCUUACUGAAUCUUGGUCAUCCUCUUUUAGAGAUUUUGGUGAAACUUGCUGUUACCUUGGACAUAUCAAAAGCUUUUGAUAGAGUCUGGCACAAAGCUUUGAUUUUCAAACUACCCUCCUAAGGUAGGCGCACACUUGUUCGCAUCGUACGGACGGCACGCAUCGUACGCAUCGGAUUUUAGUAUUCUUUACAUUAUUUCAAAUGGGUCUGCGCGCAUUUGACCGCGUCGUACGCAUCGGACAUCGGCAAUGUCGACGAGGAUCCCCGAAAGAGCAUUCAAUCCGAUGCGUACGAACGAUGCGGAUGGCCUCUACGGCAUUUGCCGGCAAAUGUGCGACCCCAUCGUCAGUUGCAGCCAGAGCGCCGUCGCGGUCGGAUGCAAACCUUCUUCGAGAGAGCUCAGCUUCACAACUGCGGGUGGUGAAUGGUCCAAUGCCGACAAUGUGCGCAGAAAAUCCGAUCCGUCCAAUGCGUGCCGUCCGUACAAUGCGGACCAAUGUGCGCUGACCCCAAAAACAAUCCGAUGAGUACGAUGCGUGCCGUCCGUACAAUGCGAACAAGUGUGCGCCUACCUCUACGGCUUCUAUCCUUCUCUCUGUAACUUGAUCUCAAGUUUCCUUUCUGACUGUUCUAUUGCUGCUGUGGUAGAUGAUCACUGUUCUUCUCCUAAAUCUAUUAACAGUGGUGUUCCUCAGGGUUCUGUCCUGUCACCCGCUCUCUUCUUAUUAUUCAUUAAUGAUCUUCUAAACCAAACUUCUUGUCCUAUCCACUCCUAUCCACAUCAGAAUUUAUUUGUUGCUAUGCAUUUUAGGUGUGCACCAUUUCACUUUUUU